AUGAAGCUUCUGAAAGAAGCAUCCCAGACGUUCGAUGGCAUUGCCAAGAACAAUGAUUGCAAAAAUGCUGAACACAAAUCGUUCGAACCAUGUAAUAAUUUGAAACCGAUACUGUAUUCAUCAGCUAUCUUCGGAUUAAAAUGUCCAUUGGAAUUUUCUAAGAAAACAGCAGUUUUGUGUAUUUUAUAUUGGUUGGUGCUCCUGAGUCCGGCCGUGUUCACCGCUUAUAAGGUCGUUGUGUGCCUGGCAGGGGCCGAUGUUGUUAUGGACGAUUCAAAUCUGCCUCUCUAUAUCCUUAUGUUAUUUGGGUUUGGAAUAUCUCCAUUUUGUGUCUCCUUUGGAACAUUUUACAUCCCGGGUCGUUUUAAGAAAUUUGAGGCAACAUUAGACGAGAUGACUCUGGACAGACGAUUUGAACAAAGCUUUGAUGACGUCAAAAAGAAAUCGAAGGUAAUACUCGGUGUGGCUGUAUCAAUAUUUGUGGCGUUCUUGUUUCCUGCUAUGACUUCUGGGCCACCAUUUUCUAAUGAUUACCCUUGCUUCACAUCUCCUUUCAAUUGGACAUCACCGUACAUGGAGAUACAAAAUGUUGUGUCAAGUACGUACAGUCUCUUUCUAUAUUGUAAGCGACUUUCUAUUUAUGGAUUUAUGUACAUAGUCUGCUCUAUCGUAAAGAAGGAAUUUUUGAAAUUUGACGUAGAAUUCCGUAAGAUGCUUGAAUCGGAACCUUCCAAAAAAAACAUAAAAUAUUUUCAGAGGAAGUAUUUCCUGAUUUGCAGACAUCUGAAAGAGGCGGAUUGUGUUUUAUGUCCAUUCGUUACCUUGUUGCUAUCUGUAUUGAUACCUACAUUUUGUCUAUUAAUGCGUACAGUUAUUUAUGGUAAUUUUUCAAUGAAUUAUAUGGUUGCUUACAUUGUUCACAUGCCAUUGUUAUUGAUAGAAAUCGGUUACAUUGUGAUUCAGGGAACCAUGAUCCAUAGUGCAUCUAAGCGAUGUCUUGAGGUUAUCCAUGAUCUUGAUGGCAACAAAAUGAACGUGAAGUCAAUAGCCCUUAUCACGCUGUUUGCUGAUAAUGUGAGACAUUCAGAACACGGACUUAGUUUUAUGAAACUGUUUUUACUCAACAAUUCGGUGAUUAUAACCAUAAUUGGUACUAUAUUAAUUGGUACUAUAAUAAUUGGUACUAUAAUAAUUGGUACUAUAAUAAUUGGUACUAUAAUAUCCUAUACAGUUGUCAUCAUGCAGCUUCAAUUCUGA